AUGAGUAACGACGAUGUACUGCCACCGUUGCAACCACCCAGCGUUAUUGACGAACCUGUCGUGCCAUCAGGGGCGAAUGCGACAGAGAGUGGUAGCAUGGAUGUGUACACCACCGUACCAGUUAAGUAUUGGUGGCCUACAGUGGAUAGCGCUAUUACCCCGUUCGUUGGGCGCCGCUUCAAAACACUAGCAGAAGCUAAUGUCGGUGGUUCUAAAAGUUUCCGGUUAUGCAAGGAGGCAGCGGGGUCAUUUGCUGAUGUUGGAGCAACAGAUAUGGAGUUUCACAAUUUCAAGCGAGACCUCCAACAGUAUGUUGAUGACAAGGAUGGGGAGAUGAUCAUUGCAAAGUACAGUUUGGUGUUUGUACCUUUUACUGUGGUCGACAACCACAAACGGUGUAUUACAUUUGGCGCAGCAAUGAUAAAUAGGGAGGACACGGAAUCAUAUGUGUCGGUUCUAGACAGAUUCAAAGAUGCAAUGGGACAGAGCCCCAUGUGCGUUGUUACUGAUCAGGACCCGGACAUGAAGGUUGCUAUUGCACGGGUAUUACCUGAAACCCGCCACCGCUACUGUAUGUGGCACAUCAUGACCAAAGUUAGCGAGAAACUAGGUGGUAUAUUAGCGCAAAACGAGACAUUUCGCAAUAAACUUAACAAUAUUGUGUGGGAUGAAACCAUUGCCAUUGGUGAGUUUGAGGCACAAUGGCACUCGUUAAUGGAAGAGCACAACUUAACAGGGCACCGAUGGUUUACCAAAUUAUACGUGGAGCGAGAGUUUUGGAUUCCGGCCUAUUUCUUAGACUUACCCAUGAGUGGGUUGUUAUGCACCACAUCCCGGUCUGAAGCAGCGAAUAACGUGUAUGGGAAGAGUACCCGCCCGCAUUGUAGUCUGGUUGAGUUCUACAUGCAAUAUGAUAGCGUCCUUGAAACACAACGCCAUACACAGGAUAAACUAAAUGCUGAGAGUGAGGGGUCCUUACCUGAGUUCAAAACCCCUUUAGCAAUAAAGCGACACACGGCGCAGGUAUUCACCAUAAGAAUCUUUUAUGAGCUCCAAAAAGAGAUUGAAUCUGCGUGUUUUUACUGUGGGGUGGUAGGAAUCCAUAAAGAUAAUGGGGUGAUCCGUUAUGACAUUAAAGGGAGCUGUAGUGUUACCCAUACUGUUGAAUAUAAUCCGACUGGGGUUAGUGCGUCGUGCAUCUGCAAGUUGUUUGAAAGAUUAGGGAUGGUUUGCGAGCACAUGUUUUCGGUGUUUCGGGCUGCACAGCUAGAGAGCUUGCCACCUGAUUGCAUUGCUCCUUGUUGGUGGAGUAAGACAAUGCGUCAAACGCGAAUGCUGCAGGUAAUACAGGAUUUGAGGGAUGAAUUCUUGUGUGAUGGUAUGGGUGAUGAUCCAGCAAAGGGUAAUCGUUUAGCCAUUGCGACUUUGUGCGGUGUGCAACCUCCAGCCUCCAAAACUAUCAAACCUCCCGCACAAGCAAAAAACAAGGGGACCGCGAAGCGAAUUAAAAACCAACGUGAGUUAGCCAAAGAGAGAAGUGUCAAGGCAGUAAAGCCCCAUAUGUUAUUGCCUUUUGAGAUUUAA